UGCGAACGUCAAAAGCGGAAAAGUCGGGAAAACUCAAAAUCAACUGAAACAACAAUUCACGUAACGACGUUUGACGGUGUGAUAACAACACGACGAGGACGCAUAACAAUGUGAAAGCUACUACUUAGCCGAUAUAUCGAGAUAGUGAAUUGGUGCAAUGGAUUGAGAAUUUGAAUGGCAUGCCAGCAGAGAGACGCAGCCAACGGAGGUGUGCGUGUGAUUAAAGUGUUGUAAUGCGCGAAAGUGAAAGUGCGUGGAAAUUGAUAGCGGAUUAGUUGUGUGCUUUAUGCGUUUAUUUGAGCGCGCGGGCAACUGAGAAAGGAUUUAAUUCGAGUGCGCGUAUUGAAUAAAUUUCGAAGAGAGAUUUUUAAUGCAAACAUAAUUGCUAAGUGGAUUAAUGCAUAGAAAUUGUUCAUGGAAUCAAUUGAAAAUAUAAUACUGUUAAUAUAUAAGUAGGGUUUCAAUGCAUUUAAAAUAAGUAUGUUUUUCUUAAAAAAUGUCUAAGUAAUAAAAAAAAAAAUAAAUGAAAAAAAUGAAAAAAUAUUUAUGGUAAUAAGACUUAAAUAUAAAAAGCUCAUAUAAAUUAAGCUUAAACGCUAGUCAGUAUAAAACAUUGUAGUUAGUAGCAGUAGUAGUAGCAAAAAUUUAAAAUUUAAUUCAUAAAAGGAAUUUGUAUAGAAAACACAUGCUGUUAAGUAACUAUUUAGUAUUUGAAAAAAAAUCUACAUUUUAAAACCAGUAAAACUUCGUUGAAAUAGUUUGCCGCUAUAAUAAUAAUAAUAAAAUAUAAUAAUGAGAUUUCAAUAAUAAAAGGAAAAUUUCAGAAAACUGAAAAACGUGUAUUUUUAAAACUUCCCGCUACGUAAAUCAACGCAGAAAUUAUGCUUUUGCAUGAUAAAAGCUUCCAGUUUUGAAAUAUUUACUUCAACGCCUGCUUUUGCGUUGAAUAAACAACAGUUUUUCAGCUUUGAAAAUUUAAUUAAAAUAAAAAUAUUUCCCUGUUGGCACAUUUUAAUGUGACGAGUUUCAAAUGCGCAUAUUAAAUGAUUGGGUUAAAUUAAAAAAAAAUUAUCACCAUAAAAACCCACUUAAGAUUUACGCUUUUAAAAUAUUCAAAAAUCACCCAUCACCUAGAAUCAUCUAUAACUGAUUUACAACAUUAUUGCUUACAACAGCUCCAGUGUAUAUCGCUGUGGACUUGAGUAUAUAUGUAUCAUUUUGAAGUGAAAACCACAUUAAAUUGCACCCAAACCGACACCGCAAAACCACAGAAAACACUGCUUGUAUACUAUAUUGUAAUAAGUCGCAAAAGCGUAGUUUUAACUAACAUAAAUGCAUCAACCACGCCAACAAACAACAACAACAACAGUUUCGGUGGUUGAAUCAAAGCAAAGCUUGCUACCUCUGAUUCUCAAAAAUAUAGAAAAUUAAUUGCGAUAACAACAUAAUGGCCACCAAUGAAUCCCAACCGAUCUACUGUGGCAGCGGCCUUGACAAUUUUCACACAAGCUACAAAAUUUGGCAUGGCUACGUCUCGCUCAUCGUCUGCAUACUCGGCACCGUCGCCAACACCCUAAACAUCAUCGUGCUGACACGCAAAGAGAUGCGCUCACCCACCAAUGCCAUACUCACCGGCCUCGCAGUGGCCGAUCUCGCCGUCAUGCUCGAGUAUAUACCCUACACCACACACGACUACAUACUCGCGCAACGACUGCCACGCGAACAACGCCUCAGCUAUGCCUGGGCCUGCUUCAUUAAAUUCCAUUCAAUAUUUCCGCAAGUCUUGCACACCAUCAGCAUAUGGCUGACCGUUACGUUGGCUGUGUGGCGUUACAUAGCCGUUGGUUAUCCGCAAAAGAAUAGCAUUUGGUGUGGCAUGCGCACGACAAUGUACACCAUCUUCACCGCAUACAUUGUCUGCAUUCUGGUCGUAUCGCCAUCCUUCUACUUGGUUACGGCCAUCGUAGAGUUUCUCGAAACCGUAGACGGUCAUGGCAAAAUAGUAUACUCUGAGCCAUUGACUCAAUACAUAAUCGAUUAUCAUAAUGAGAUGGCAAAUCAAACGCAACUGCAGGCGACGGCGACAGCAGCGGCAGCUCAGGUUGCAGCAUCUGCUUUGGCGGUGACCAAUGUGUCCGCGUUCAACGAGACUGUGACGACGUUGGCUGGCACGUGGAAUGUGAGUGAUAUAGUGGAUGGCAUGCUAGCGACAACUAGUGCCACGACAACAACAACGAACACGAUGAUUGCAACUACAAUACAACAACUGCAACAACAAGAAGUACUAACACAAUCACCAUGGCAACUGCCACAUCACAACAUUACGGUCUAUCGACUGUAUCACAGCGAUUUGGCGUUGCACAACAAAUCUCUACUCUACACAACCUUCCUCAUCUACAGCGUGCUCAUCAAGCUGAUACCGUGCAUUGCGCUGACGAUACUCUCGGUGCGUUUGAUAGUCGCGCUGUUGGAAGCCAAAAGACGGCGCAAAAUGUUGACCAGCAAUGCGGCGAACGGCAUGAAGCCCAUCGUGAAUGGGAAGGUGUUGGAGCAGCGACCGCGUAAGAAUAGCAAAACGUUGGAGAAGGAGAAGCAAACGGAUCGAACGACACGCAUGCUGUUGGCCGUUUUAUUGCUCUUCCUCAUUACCGAAUUCCCGCAGGGCAUUAUGGGUCUGCUAAACACCAUGCUGGGCGAUGAGUUCUACAUGCAAUGCUACUUGAAACUGAGUGACAUCAUGGACAUACUGGCGCUACUGAAUUCCAGCAUCAAUUUCAUACUCUACUGUUCGAUGAGCCGCCAAUUCCGCACUACCUUCACCAAACUCUUCCGACCGAAGUUCCUCGACAAGUGGCUGCCGGUGGCCCAGGACGAAGAGGGAGGCGGCGGCGGCGGUGGCGUCGGCGGCACGGGUGCAAAUGGUCGACUGCGUGGCGAUUUGGCUAGCAAAUCGCAUGCCGUCGAACAGCAGUGCCUGACAACGCAGGUGACGAAUGUGUAGCAUCGAAGUCACAUGCGUUG